GGAAAAAUGUAAGAAACGAAGUACUUGCACAAUCCAGCUGAUUACGAUAUUCCCGGAUUCCGGAAGCAUCCACUGCUGAGCAUACACAGCGACUGAUCAUUACCGAGACACAGAUCCAAUCGGAAAUAAACCCUAGCUAGAAUAGGACUACCGGAGAUAACAACAAUAGUUUUCGUCGGAACAAAUAGAAGAUGGCAGAACCAACUGUUAGGGCAGAAGAGGAAGACGAGGAAGGAGAGACAGGGAAACAGGAGAAAUCGGAGGUGGUGAGCAGGAAAGGGAAGAGGAAGGAGAGGAAGAAGAUGAAGAGGAAGCAACUGAGAAGGGAGAUUGCUGAGAAGGAGAGAGAAGACGAGGAGAGGAAAAUGAACGAUCCGGAGGAGCAGAGGAGAGUGAAGGAGAUGGAGGAGGAGGAGAGGCAGAGAAUGGAGAGGGAGAGGAUGGAAUUUAUAGAGAGAGAGAGGAAGUGGCUGGAAGAGAUGGAAAGGAAGAGGAAGGAGGAGGAAGAAGAAGAGGAAAGGAGGAAAGCCUUGGAAGAGGAAGAGUCUAAGAGAUUGCAGGUUGAAAAGGAGAAUGAAUGUAAUGAGGAUGAUGAUUGGGAAUAUGUAGAAGAGGGGCCUGCAGAAAUUAUCUGGCAAGGAAACGAGAUAAUUGUUCGGAAGAAAAGGGUCAGGGUUCCAAAGAAGAGUGCAGAUCAACAGAAUAAAAAUGAGGAUUCUGAUAGACCUACGUCAAAUCCUCUUCCUCCACAAUCUGAAGCUUUUGCUGAUUACCAAAAUGCAUCAAUGGCUUCAGCGGAACAGAUGCUUGAUAAUGUAGCUCAACAAAUACCUAAUUUUGGAACUGAACAGGAUAAAGCUCAUUGUCCUUUCCAUUUAAAGACUGGAGCUUGUCGGUUUGGCCAGCGCUGCAGCAGAGUUCAUUUUUAUCCUGAUAAAGCAUAUACGUUACUCAUGAAGAACAUGUAUAAUGGUCCUGGCCUUGCUUGGGAACAAGAUGAGGGGCUCGAGUAUACGGAUGAAGAGGUUGAGCGCAGUUAUGAAGAAUUUUAUGAGGAUGUGCACACCGAGUUAUUGAAGUAUGGGGAAAUAGUGAAUUUUAAGGUUUGUAAGAACGGUUCGUUCCACUUGCGAGGGAAUGUUUAUGUCCAAUAUAAAUCGUUGGAUUCUGCUGUACUUGCUUAUCAUUCUAUCAAUGGUCGCUACUUUGCUGGAAAACAGGUAAAAUGUGAAUUUGUUAAUGUGACAAGAUGGAAGGUUGCCAUAUGUGGAGAUUAUAUGAAGUCAAGGUUCAAGACAUGUUCCCAUGGAACGGCUUGCAAUUUUAUCCACUGUUUCCGAAAUCCAGGUGGGGACUAUGAAUGGGCUGAUUGGGAUAAACCUCCACCUAGAUAUUGGGUGAAAAGGAUGGCUGCUCUAUAUGGUUACUCUGAUAAAUCUGAAUACGAGAUGGACAAAGAAAAACUUGAGCAUAGGAGAAUGUCUAGAGUACCAGCUGAUACAGACAGGUUUCGUGCAAGAUCUAGAUCUAGGGGUGUGGAUCACUUGCUCCCUUGUUCUGGUAAAAGCAGUGACCAUGAAGAUAGGGUUCAGCAGGGCACUCACUGGCAUAGGCAUAGAGAUGAUGACCGGAAACGAGAUAGAACCCUUGAUGAAAAAUCAUGCGAAAAGGGCUAUUAUAGUAGUGAUCACAGAAGUCAUGAUUCUAAUUCUGAUGGAAGCUGGUCGGAUAGGGAUUUUAAGUUGGACAGGAAACAAAAUAAGCAUCGUAGUUAUGUGAGAAAAAGGUCAAAAGACCAACAUGAAGUGUCAGAAUGCUCUAGUGAUUGGGCUGGUGGGAAGAGUAAGCAGAGCAUCGAUGAGGCUGAUUCUGAUAGGAGCAGAAAAAGAAAAAAAGCACACCAUGCACACAACAAAAGUUCAAAAAUAUUGGAAAAAGAGGCAUUGCUGGAUGAUAAUAGAGAUAUGAAGAAUGAAUCUCAUGCAACGGAUGGAUAUAGGUCGGAUAGAGACAGAGAUAGAGAAAAAUGCAAUAGGGCAAGAAGCUCAAGACACCAGAGCAAAGCAAGGUCCACAGAUUAUCAUGGAGAUGUAACUAUUGGUACUGGUUCCAUGGAAGAGUUGUCGCACAGAGACAAAAACAAGGGCAGACUUGAUCAUCCCAUAAGGAAAAGCUCAAGACAUAAGAGCAAUUUUUCUGAUUUCACAGAUGAUCAUUGGGAUGAUAGGCACAGGACUUAUGAUUCUGAUUCCAAUGAUGAGUGGUUAGAUAAGGAAAUACAUCAUAGUCAUAAAAGGAGACGCUCAAAGAAAAUUGAACUAGAGAUUUCAGAUGAUGGAUGGGUAAUUGCAGAGAAGUUGAAAGAAAAGUCUUACUGUGAGGAGACUGAAACAGGAAAAUCUCACCUAAAAAGAAAGACAUUGGAUCGUCCUUUGAGCAGAAGCAGCCAUUCAGGCAGAGAAAGUAAUGAAACAAAUUCUCAUGAAGAGGAGUUCAAUUACGUGGACCCAUAUAAUGAAAGAUACAUGUUUGAUCAUGAUCCAAGAUACAAACCCAUUGAAGAAAUUAAUGGGCAGGACCGGUGGAAACCUGAAAGUCCUGAUAGAGAUGGAAACUCUAUUUGAAAAAUCUGUUAGCGUCAGGAGUAAUGGUUCUGGCACUCCGGGUCAAUAUGAUGGAAGAUCUAAUUAAUAGGAUGGGGCUUCUGGUUGGUUACAGAACAAUGACAUUGAAAAAGAAUGUUUGCUAAUCUGAAAAAAAAAACACUCCUUUGGAACCCCAUAGUUCUAAUAAUGAAGUUGGUGCGUUGACAAGACUGUAAAUUAAGUUGUUGGGGCUAGAUAUGUUGCAAGCUUUACCAUGAAUCCGCAUCGAAGAGUCGAGGGACAAGAUCACUAGAAAACUUGUGGACAAGUAUGCAGAUUUCGCCUGAUGAGGAGGACCCAUCUUAAAGUAUCUGGGUCAUAAAUGGCACAUGAUAACAAGGUGUGUCUUGUAAUACCAGGAUUUUAUUUUCUUGCCCUCCUUUUCUAUUUAAAUCUGAGCAAAAAGAAGAAGAGUGGCCUUGUUGCUCUAUAUUUGGAGAAUUUGGCUAUUUCAAUUUGAAGUCUGGAGGGAUAAUCUGAGUAUCUGUAAAUGUGGUCAAGUUUUGAAUGUAUAAAAAUCAUAGGUUUCCAUUUAA